CGGGGUGGGAGACGCGGUGCGUGCGCGGGGAAUGCCGGGAGUAGUGGUGUACUGUUGGCAGUAGCAGGUGAAGCCGAGCCGACUCCGCGGGUGUUUUGGUGUUUUUUCACACCACUUCAGACUAAAAGAACACUGCAUUGGGUAUCACUGAAGGCAACAGCUGCUGCUUAUAUGAUUUCAGUUUGUUAAAAUGAGCAGUCGCAAAUCUAAGAGUAACAACUUAAUACAUGCAGAGUACCUUUCACAGGUACAAGGAAUUUUACGGGAAAGAUUUUGUCAUCAGAGCCCACAUAGUAACUUAUUUGGGGUACAAGUACAAUACAAACACUUAAUUGAGCUGCUAAAAAGAACUGCUAUCCAUGGAGAAAGUAAUUCUGUACUCAUUAUUGGACCCCGAGGAUCAGGAAAAACCACGUUAAUAAACCAUGCUUUGAAAGAACUAAUGGAAGUAGAAGAAGUGAGUGAAAAUGUAUUACAAGUGCACCUAAAUGGACUGCUGCAGAUCAAUGAUAAAAUUGCCCUAAAGGAAAUCACAAGGCAGUUAAAUCUGGAAAAUGUAGUUGGAGAUAAAGUUUUUGGAAGUUUUGCUGAAAACCUUUCAUUUCUUCUGGAAGCUUUAAAAAAAGGUGACCGGUCUAGUAGCUGCCCAGUGAUCUUCAUAUUAGAUGAAUUUGAUCUUUUUGCUCAUCAUAAAAACCAGACACUCCUCUAUAAUCUGUUUGACAUUUCACAGUCUGCACAGACUCCACUAGCAGUAAUUGGUCUUACAUGUAGAUUGGAUAUUUUGGAACUCUUAGAAAAAAGAGUAAAGUCACGAUUUUCUCACCGGCAGAUACAUUUAAUGAAUUCAUUUGGAUUUCCACAGUAUCUUAAAAUAUUUAAAGAACAAUUAUCUCUACCUGCAGAAUUUCCAGACAAGAUCUUCACUGAGAGGUGGAAUGAGAAUGUUCAGGGUCUCACAGAAGAUAGAAGUGUGCGAGAAGUACUACAAAAGCAUUUCAAUGUCAACAAAAACCUGCGGUCAUUACACAUGCUGUUGAUGCUUGCUUUAAAUCGUGUAACAACAUCACACCCAUUUAUGACUGCAGCAGAUCUGAUGGAGGCAAACCAGUUGUGUAGCAUGGACUCUAAAGCAAAUAUUGUACAUGGUCUGUCAGUCUUGGAAAUCUGUCUUAUUAUAGCAAUGAAACAUUUAAAUGACAUCUAUGAAGAGGAGCCCUUUAAUUUUCAAAUGGUCUAUAAUGAGUUUCAGAAGUUUGUUCAAAGGAAAGCCCAUUCUGUUUAUAAUUUUGAAAAACCUGUUGUCAUGAAGGCGUUUGAACACUUACAACAAUUAGAAUUAAUAAGGCCCGUGGAAAGGACUUCGAUGUAGCUGUUCUUUCCCUGCCUUCUAAGUCUUCAGAUCACUGUCAUUUACUUUUCAGCAGUGUUUCAGUAAAGGUAAGGCUUGCAUACUGGUUCUAUGCAAUAGUCGACAGAUUUUAGGGGAUAUUUUGCCAGAAUACUUAGAAGCAAGGAUUUUACACAUGAGCUUAAGUUUUCUCUCUAAAAAAUAUUUCUGAGCCAUUUUAAGGAAGUAUUAUCUGUUUUAAAUGCACUCACUGUGAAAGUAUCUAAAGAACUUGAUUUCAGGAUUGUAAUUCACUAGCCUAAGAUUGCCACUAAGAGGCUGAAAGCUCUCAUCUGCCUUCCUGGUUAUAAAAGACCUGCAGAAGAUCCAUCAACACCCAAUAUAGAGAUUGUAAAACUAUAAGUAGCAGGGUGGGUUUUCAUUUUCAUUGAAACAAUUCUUAAAUUAGAAAAAGGGUUAGCAAAACAGUGUUAGAGGCUUCAGGGCAGUUUUGACUCAUGUGACCCCUCCAAGUACCUUGUCCAAAACAGGAUCUUCUUCUCUAGUCCAUGUGCUCAUGCAUGUGAAUGGCUCUGAGGAAUUAAAACUUGCUGGUCCAAACAUACAGUAUCUUAAUGCUAUGUAUGUUGAGUAUAUACUAUGUAUUAACUUCCCAAAGAAUCCAUUUUGCAGAACAUGCUGUGGAAAGAGAUUUCAGUCUUUCAGUAUAGAUUCAUUGUAUAUUCCACCACAGCUUUCAUUUUCACGUGAUUUAGAAGCCAGUGCAGGUUCUUUUAAACCACUGUUAAGCGUUGUUCUUUCCUUCACCUUUACCUUAAAAUAUAGAGAAUCCCAUUGGUGUGAACUGUAACACAGCUCCCACCGUGGGGCUUUCCGUCCCCUCUUUUAAAAGCCACAGGAUAAACAAAAGCCUUGGCAACAUUAAAAAUAUAAAUGAAAGCUAGCUUCCUUAACAAUUGCUCUUACUGAUCACCCUAAGUGAAAAAUACCAGAAUUCUUCCAUUGAGUUAGUAAAUUAGUUAACAUCCUUAGGAAGUGGGGUUUGUAUCUUUGAUGACUAUUUCCUAAGCCACAUCUUUCUAGUUCCCUAUGAAAAGAAGAUAACUAAUGCCUGUUGGCCUCUGGUUUCCUACAACUGGCAAGACUAACAUACAUACUUUGUGAAUACAGUCUUGGGUAGUAAAGGGGGGAAACGCCAACCCUUUACAGACUUUCACCACUAUCCCCAUUCUUCCAUAUCGCAAUGUGUGAGCCUCACCGUAAAUAACAAAGCUACUGUUCCACUCUUGAAGAAAAAUGUAUAGCUGAAGAAAAACUGCAUAAGCAAAUCAUAUACCAUAUUCAUUUUUUUAUUUAACUCGAGGAUGGAAUGGGGAUAGCAUACAUUUUAUUGUACAAUAUUUAACAAUCACUUAUUCAAGGUGGAGUUUUAGGGGCUUUUUUUUUUUUUUUUAGCUUUUUGUUAAAUACUUGCAGAAAAAAAUAGCAAGUACAAUUUGACAGUAGUACAACAACCUGUGCCCAAAACACUGACAAGAAUUACAGAGUAAAGCUAAAAUAAUUGCUUACCAAUAUUUUGAGAGGUAACAAAUAGGAUAUGGAUUGAGACUGCGUAAAAAAUGUACUGCUGGUUGAAUAUCUGAGGUAAAUGAUGUUCAAUCAAGAUGCUACUUGUAUCAUUUUGCCCAUAAAUCAGUAAAUAAUUUUAUGCACAUUAUACCAAAUGUUUCUAAAAAGUAAUUUUUUAAAAAGGUAAAAAAGAGAAACUGGAAAAUAUUUGUGGGGAAGCAUUUUUUUUUAAAAUAGUAAGUUUAAUUCCACUUAAACUUAUCAUCUGGUCAGGGUAUUUUUUUCCCCUACCUGCCUGCAUUUUACUUAAAUGUAGCUGUUACUUAGGAUUGAGGAAAGGAAGAAGAAAAAGGUUCUUUUUAAAUUUUAUGUAGAUGAUUCUCUUUUUAAAUUCCAAACUUGUUGGGUUUUUCUCCUGAUUAUAUUUUCAAAACAUCACCAUGAAAGAUAGUACAGGUUCAUGGGACCAACAAUUUUGAGGCACAGUCUCUGUUCUGGAAUUCACAAGGUACCUGUAAUAAACAUUCAAACAAGAGUCACACUUCACAUGCUAAAAACUUCCUAGCAUCUAAAAUACAUACAAGAGCUGUGCAGGGCAAAGACUUCGAAUAAAGCCAAACACUGGUUAAUCCAUCAGUCCUAUGGCAGUUGAUCAUAAAGCAUUCCUUACAUGGAGAUUUGGGCAAGGUAAAGAGUGGAAGUUAGAGCAGCAGUUCUGAUGGGUAUCAGAAAGGCAAAAUACAAGACGAAUCAUAAGGAGCACCAUACACAUGAGGAAAAAAUUAUUGGGGUCUCAGUUCACCCCCAAACAAAGAAGUCAUCGUUUUUCUCAUUCUUUGAUCUUUCUUUUUUCAGUAUCCCUAGCUCAAACUUUUUGUAAGCUUGCCCACUCUACGCUGACUGUAAACCAAACAUGAAAAUGCCCUGCAAAUGAAAGUUUUAACAAGACUAGGUAUCAGGACAGGUAGUCAUUGGAACAUUCUUAUUUUACUGCUUAUAAAAAGUGUUUUUCUAUUAAUACAGUUUUCAAAAGGAUACAAGUCUUAAAGUUGGUUAGCUAGAGUUAAGUACAAUACCCAGGAUUUCUAAAAAUUUUUUCUAACAUGAAGAGAAAACUAUCUUUUGAAUAACUGAUCUUAUAAAAUUUAUCACUAGUGCUCACAUAAGCCAAACAUUCAUCAUAAUACUUCUUGUUUUUGUUUUGAUUUUUUUCUUGCUUUUAAAAAUGAGAUUAAAUGUUUAGAACAGGUAGAACUUCGUCUUUAGGAGAUUAACAAUUUCCAUGUGUGAACAUUGUCAGUUUCCCAUCUUGAUUAGUUUCAAAGUGGAAGUUAAACCAAAUCAUUAAGAUGUCAGGUCCUUUUUGAAAUAAAGAGGUGAACUUAACAUUGAAAAGGGAAUUCUUAGGAAUACAGUGAAAACUUGGGUACAUAUGAGACCCAAGAGCACAAAGUUCUGCAUGGUGUGUGGCACACAGACAACAAUGCUGUUACUCUUCUUUCCUCCCUGCUUUAGAGUCUGUUGACCUAUGCAUUAUUUAUAAAUAAUAUAAUUUAUUAUUCCCAGAGAUUAAGUGCACAUUAUAUGUAAAAUGUAGUGUACUGUGUGGUUAAAUAGCCAUUUGAAGAUAAUACAUUCACAGUGAGCUCCUGACAGUGACAUGUAAAAAGUUCUUUUAUAAAAUCAAUGUAUGGAUUUUAAAAUGACCUGACUAAAGUACAUAGUGUAAUACUGGCUAUUUAUUGGUCAGAAAUAAAAUAAAAUAGAAAUUCAGGAAAUUAACUGUUUUACUUUGGCCUAUAUAAAUUUGAGGAACAAUCCAAUUAUAUUCUGAUGCAAUAUUGUUUUGAAAAGCACUUUGGCACCUACCUACCAUCAAUUCCACUUUCUUAUCAAGGAUAAGGCAUGAACUAUCCUAAAAAUCAUUGUUGUUUCUGAAAGCAAUUUGCGGGAGGAGGCUAGGCUAUAUUACCUAUAUCAACAUCGGUUACCUCUAAAUGUCAUUGCAUAUUUUAAGUUUUUAAGUUUAACUUGUUAUCCCUGAUUUGUUUUAAAGCAGUAACAUCUGAAAUCUGUGCUUAAAAUUUAAAACCUCUAUCCUAGGAUAAUUCUUUACAUAUCACAGACAUCAAAUAUUACUCUAACAAGAUGGCACCAAGCAGAAAUAUAGUGAUAAAGUUACAAGUCUCAAAGCAGAGAGUGAGGAAUUCUGGAUAAUGACACUUCCUGAGGUGAUCCUUAAAUAGUGAUUAAGAAUGUCCCACACACUGUUUGGUGAAAAGAAAUACACUACAAUUUUACAUAUAUAAAUAGGAAAAAAAAUCUAUUUUAAAAGAAUAAAAAUGAAGAGCUUUCCAGUGUCAUAGCUCACUUUAAAAAAUUUAAAUCAUGCUUUAAAUUUUCAAAUAUUCCCCAAACACAGCACACCUUUAAAAGAGAAAAAAAAAAAAAACCUUAGAUAAGUAUGCAAUAAUUUGGGAACUGGAUAGAAGAUGAAGCUCUAAAACAUGGGAAGAAGGGGAAAAUGACAUCUUUUUUUCAUUGCAAAAAACAGCACUUUUUUUCCUUAAAUUACAAGCUAGCACAAAAAAAGCUAAAACACUGCUUUAUGAAUGGCCACUUAGUGUUGGCACUAAGCAUAGCUUACCUUUUUUUCUUAAAUAACACAGUGAAUUUGUAAUACCUUGUUACAAAACAUGGAUCAAUUUAUUAUUCAAAUUUUGUUAGUGUUUUCAAUUUUAUAAUUUAGCAACCGUGGAACUGAGGUAUACCUUGUUGAGGGAGGUUAAAGUAAUGCUUGGAAGCCUCUUUACUGUACCCCACUUUGAUGACUUUGUUUAUGUACACAGAACAGCAGCACACUAAACAUUCACAAGCUGUGUCAUAUUGGCAUUACAAUAGUCAUUUAUAGAAACACAACAGCAAAUGCAAUAAAAACAAGUUACCCUUUUUAAAAUCUGAAAUGAAAAGUUUUUGAUUUAAAAAAAAAUAGCAGUAGUUCAUUUAAGGAAUUAGUGUCUUCUGACAGACAUUAAGAAAUCUGAUGUCAGUUUUCAAACACUUGAUUAGCCAGGUCCAAAAUAUCCUUGAUUUGGAGAGGGCUACGUUCUUCAUGUACACUUUUUCAAAAGUUUCUUUAUAGAGUCUGCAGCUUUUCCAAGUCUCUUGUCCUUCACAUCUCUUCUGCAGGCAAUGCCGUAAGUCUCCCAGAGCCACAUUUUUAAACGUGAGGGUCUUCUUUUUGACAUGUCCAAGAGACCUCCUACUCAUUUCUCACAGAAAAUUAACUGUAAGCAGUUUCGUUAGCUUAGCAGCUCCAGCUCAGAGUCCUGUUUCACACUGUGUACACAUGGUGCAACCAUCAUAGACUAGAUUCUUUGGGAGGAAAGUCAACGUUUGUCACCAUUGUGACCACUGUUACAAUGUCCUCUGUGGUAAUGAUAUUUGUUAGUCUUUGCAUCUGAGUGAUUCUUUCACCUACACAUCCAGCUGAUAACCUGGCUUCUGCAUCGUGAUCCCAACAUUCUUCUAUUGUUUCACAGAGCAUUGCCAUUCCCUAAAAAGGAAAAACAUACUCAAACACCACAGCCGAUUUUGUUUUCUAUUAGGAAACAAUAAAAUGUCCAUAAAGAAACUGGUAUUUCUGUGAGUCAGGUUCCAAGAUUAGCCAAGUUAGAUGUUAUAUGUCAGCAUUCACUUAUGGAUAUCUAUUGUAUGUAGGAAAUGGAAGAAAAGCAUUAAGAAAAAUCAGAAUUCCUAUAGCUUCCAAACUUCUGAGACUGUCAUAGGAGAUAGUAAAAUUUUUUUAAUUCCCCAAAUCCCCAUAUAAACCAGGUCAGUUCAAUGCUAACCCUUGAUCUGGACUCAAAGCCAAAGCUAAAUUUGUUUUUUAACCAAUUUCUAUUGUUUUCUUAGUUAAUACCAGCAUUUCUGUCUUGCAGUUAAAUAGAAAAGAAAAAAAAGAAAGGGUUAGAAAAGCAUCCUUAAGAUUCUUUACCUGGUUUUAAUCCAUGUUUCCGGUUAUAUUUGGACCAAAAUAACCAGGGCAAUAGUGUUCCAUUCUUCACUUACCUAAGUCUCUAGUUUUAAGAGCAUUCCUAAGAACCUCAACAAAUUCCAAUCCCAAAUCAAAAACAAGGAAAGCAGAAAACUGCUUUACUUUAAAAAUAGCAUCUUAUGGGAAGCUGGUGAUCAUCAAAGUCACCCACCUAUCGACAUGAUCAGAGCCAGGUACUCCUUUCCUUGGGAAGAUUUCCAAACGAGACAAACACAAGACCAUAGUACUGUCAGCCCCUUAGGUUUUAGGACUUCACCAUCUUCCCUUAUAACCCUAAAAUUCUUUUUUUUUUUUUUUAAGAUUUUAUUUAUUUAUUUGACAGACAUAGAUCACAAGUAGGGAGAGAGGCAGGCAAAGAAAGAGAGAGGAGGAAGCAGGCUCCCCACUGAGCAGAGCGCCUGAGAUCAUGACCUGAGCCAAAAGCAGAGGCUUUAACCCACUGAGCCACCCAGGCGCCCCUAGCCCUAAAAUUCUAUUGUUUAUAGAACUCUAGACAGAAUAUCCUGUAUGAAGAUAACCUCUCCAGAAAAAUCGUCCCAGAAGAGAAGUGUGCAGAGAUAGAAAUCAUUCCUCUGAAAAGCAUUUUAUUGGAAUUUCAAAUGAAAAGCUAACUGUAACUUACAGCAUGUUUCUGCCAAUAAUCUCUUAAAACAGGCCUCUUUUUUUUAUGCACAACAACUUCCUGCAUGUCUUCAAGAGAUGGAUGCUGGCCAAUUUCCUCCUCGAAUGGCAACAUGUAUUCAUCUACAGGUCCUGAAAUGGGUGAGGGGGGGAAACAAAACCAUUUUAAUUCAAAUCUUACUGACUUCCAAGCUUGAACAACCCUUCUGAAACAUACUCUGUAUCACCUUUUCCCAACUGUUAAAUGGUAUAUAAUGACAGGAGAAAAACACACUCUCAACUACUUCUACUACAGUAUGACCCAAAUGCUAAUUUAAGAGAAAUCAAAAACUCUACAAUUUGGCACAUAAGCCUGCUAAGUUUGCGUAAGGAGCUUUCUCAUCUGCUCUAUGAGAACUGCCUAUCUCCAUACAUAUAUAGGACCACAGGGAAUCAACAAUAUUUGCAAAUCUAGGCUAUAAUAUCCCUUUAAGUACUUCCCACAAUUCAAAUCAGGCUGUAAACAGUGGUGAUUUUAUCUGACAAUUUGGGGGUUAAUCUCUUAGAACCAUCUUUAUCCUGUGACACAUCUUUACCCUCUACAAGCUCUGCAUGAGGAAUUACAUACCUCAGAGUUACAACUCCUUGCCCUCACAAAAGCUGCCAAAAAUAGUCCUUUAAAAAAAUCACAAGCAUACUCCAUACAGGGUUCCCAAUAAGCCUUCAGAAUAGGUCUUCACAGACAAAACUUAUUCACCAAAAUAAAUGGUUCCUUUUUUCUUAGGCAUACUCAAAUAGGAAAAUGCAGUUGUGAGUUAAUACUAAUACUUAAUAAGCACUUACCCUGACUAGGAACUUUACAUACACUAUUUCCUCCCAUUUUACACCUCCACAGAGUGAAGGUGACAUUACCUCUAUUUUACAGAUAGUAAAGAAGCUCAGAAAAGUUGCAUAAUUUGCACAAGGACAGAACAGUUGUUAAGUGGUAGAGUUGGAAUUUGAAUCCAUCUCUGCCGCUGAAGUCUGUGUUUUCAAUCACUGUACGGUCUCCCCUUGACAGAAACCACUCACUAGAGACCAAUUUCAUAUAAAGGGCCUGUAUACAGACCUAAACCUUGCACAGAUACUCCUACUCCUGGAUGGGAUAUAAAUGAUAAAUUAUGAGUCAUGAAGGAGGACAUGUAACUCUACUCUUUCUAAAUGGAAGAAUCCUUGAUGGCCUGGAUAGUCCAUCUCUGCUUUAGCACUUCCAGUGACAUUCUAAAGCAUCUGUUUAACUCCUGCUACUCAAAAUUGCUCAGCAGCAAUGGCACUGACUACCAGCCUGCAAGAAAUUUAAGUAUCAGGCCCUAACCCAGGCCUACUGAGUCAGAAUAUGAACUUGAUCAGGAGUUUAGUACACUUUAAAGUGUGAGAAUCACUGAACUUUGCCAUCAACAAAUUUUAAAGUACUCACUUUAGCAAUGUUCACACUGUCCCCUCCUGCCCCAGUUUCUGCCUUAAGGGUCAGAAAUUCCCGACUCUGCAAGUAUUUCACAGCACAUGCAAAGCAUUUCAGAAAUACCAAUACCUGUCCUUUUUCACUUUUCAUAAAAACUUCCCUGAUAACCGCUCUACCACAAAUGCAAAAAUACAAAACAAAGCAUUUUUCACUCCUCUAAACUCCCAUAACCCUCUCAAUAUUCUUCAAGUAUUAUAUUCGUCCAGAAUAACUUACGGAAUAUCUAAUACUAAUGAAUACUACACACAGAACUAGACAAUUCACACUAACCUUAAUCUAGAGUCAAUUGUCCAGGAUGUAUUUUAUCGCUGUAAUUAAACUAUACAUUGCUUAAGGGCAGGGUCUCGUAUAUAUCCCCACGACACCAUAUCCAGUGGUUGGUUCUGGAGAGUCCAUAUUAUUAAAGUUUUUAUAAAAUACAUUUUCCUAUAACAUCUGCCAUCUGACCGAUUUCUGCUUCCAUAAAUGCACAUAAUGUACUUUAUCUUCCACUUUGAGUGAAACUGCUUCAGACUUUCUUGGGUCUGGAUCCACUCCAUGCCAAACUCCCAAUCUCAGAAGAACGAAUGGCUGUCCAUUCCUGACCACUCUCUACUAAAUUCCCUUGAAAACCAUAGUGCCCCAAAUCAAAUUUCAUGUACCAGACAGAGGUAGUCUGUCCUACACUGAGACACCAUUACAGUACUCAGAAAACAAAGUAUUCUUAUAAAUACAUGUUAAGUUGGCUUAAAUAUACUAAACAAUUUCUUUUAAGGUCUUUUCACAAUCUGCAGGAAGUUUUUAGGUAAUUAUAAAUUUUUUUUAAAAAGGAUCAAGCUAAUUUA